GCUUGAUCUGCGAGAAAGCUGAGGGAUCUGCGAGACGAAACAACGCAUUAAUGAUUUCUCGGCAAAGAAAAAGAAAGGUUUUCACCUCAGGGUCACCAAUUUACUUUGAAUUUCUUGAAUUAUAGUUUAUUGUUUCUGUCUCUCAUGGCUUCUCCUCUUGAGAAAAAGAUAAAUAAAUCAGGUGGGGCUGGAGCGUAUUGACGCUGCACUGGAUUCCCUCUGUCCCAUGGGUUUCUCCAGAGAUUUGGUGCGUAAAACUGUAAACAAGCUCCUUAAGGCCUAUGGCGGAGAUUAAGGUUGGGCAUUCAUCGAGGAUUCAUCUUACAAGGUGGUUAUUGAAGUAAUCCUUGAAGAACAAGAGUCACAAGAGAAAGCUGAACUGGAAAACACACCGCCAAAGUUGUUGGAGCGUUCUUCUUCAGCAAAGGUUCCAAAACAGAGCUAAUAUGAAGCAGUAGAAUUUCCAGGCUUGCUUGUAGCUGAUGGUAUAAUGAUGCUGGGAAAGAAAUGGUUAACUGAACGACAUUGGAACCUUUUUAACUCUAAUGUGCAUGUACUGAUGCUACAUUUCUAUGUUAAACUGCUUCGGUGAUGCAGUUCCUCAAGAGUCAAAAUGGACAGUUUUUACAUGAUUCAUGCUUUUGUCUUGAGUCAAUCGAAUGGCAUCAGCUUUAGUUACUUAAUUUCGCCCUCUUGAUGAUAACUAGCAAGGCUCAUUUAUGUUAUAUAUAGUUCAAACUCUAACUGAAAAAUCGUUAUUCCCUUCUGAACUAGCAUAACAGAUAAUUAAUUUGAUUAGAAUGGGACUGUGUUGGAUUACCAAAAGAAGAAGAAGAAGAAGAAGAAAGAAAAGGAAUGGGACUGGGUUUAGGAUAUAAACAGAACUUCUCUAUCUUUGGCCUGUCUCCACCCCUGGGUAUGCAUAAAGUUUACAACCUUGCAUUGUUCAAUGCUAUGGUUAAGAUGUAAGACGGUUUCUAAAUUUCAACUGUCAUUGUGAUUUCUAAACCUGAAUUUUCAAGUAAAAUUGUAAUCCUCAUGUGUGUGUAUGUUCAUUCUUCGCUUUGUUAAAAGUCAUGUCAUUCUUCAAUAUGCUGAGUAGGACCUGUUGUUUUUAAAUGUGGAAGAUGCUCCAAAGUAUUGAAAAUAAAUGUUAAGAUCCAAUUGCAAAUAUUUGAAGUAGAAUUUGUCUCAACAAAAUGAUAUACCUGUUUAGACGUCUGUUGUUAGUUAAUCAUACAUGUGGAUGUGAUUUUUUUUCAUUUUUUUUCUCAUGCCAAGUAUUUCGGUUUUUUGUUUCUGCUGUUCAAGUUGAAAGUAGAAUGUUCAUUUUAGCUUGCGCAAGUGAUUGAUUUUACUGCAAAUUUCAAAUGAUAUACUACACUAUAUUUCAGCAGUUUUGUGCCACUUUUUGAUUAAGUCUCUUUUAUGGUAUUUGACACGUUUUGAAUAUGAUUUCAUUGGCUGGAUGAGCACCCAUUGUACUAUUCAUUCAUAUCAUACAAAAAUGGAUGCGCAUGGCUACCAUUCACGGCAGAGCUAGUUAUAACAAACUCUACUUACUGUUUCCUCAUGUGUCUAACAUCUAAUUUCUCUGGAGUGAGAAAUCUCAGGCUGAGUCUGAGGCACAAUCUCACUCCUCUUAUGCCCAAUCCCUUCAAGAUGAUUCUCGAUGCAUCAAUCAAACAACACUAUCGGAUGUCCCUGGGCACUCUCAUACAUCUCAGGAAAAAGUUACUGAAGAAGUUUUCUCUCUGGCCCAGGCACCAACAGAUAAUUCUAAUCACCCUCUUGAAAAUAUCCUAGAACACAAGGUUGCUACAGAACAAUGCAGGGCACUGACUGUUGCUGAUGUUAGAUCUCCUGAAAUGUGUCCGAGACCAUCAGUGGAAUUGGGAUCCUCCCCUAUCGCAAAGAAGCGUAAACCCUGCUUUGGGUGGAUUAGCGACGUUGACAAUGACGAGAAUGAUUUAGUGUAUCUAUUGCCAGCCCCAGGAAAAGUAUAAAAAUCUAAACAAGAUUCGGUUUACAAAGAUACUCUAGAUAUGCUUGGCAGAACAACGCACCUGGUAAUAGAAGAAUAGAUGCUGCUCUUGACGCUAUGCUUCCGUAUGGAUUUAAUGAAAGGCUAGUUCGAGAAACGGUUAACGAGCUUCUAGAUGUUUAUGAAGGAACCCAAGGGUGGCCCUUUAUUGAAGAGCAUUCUUACGAGCUCCUAAUCGAAACCAUACUUAGCAAACAACAAAUUUCUUCAGAAGAGAAGGAUGAUAUUGCAAUAGGGGAAGGAGAAACUGUCACAUCAGUUGAUGUCCCCACACGCGUGAAUUCUGAAGCUGGCUCCUCUAAUCUGGUGGCUGAGGGAGUGGCUCCUCAGACCAAUGAUGCUCAAGUCUCAGCUUCACUUGAUGUUGAGGAUUCAACUCAAUUCCGGUUGGGGGCAGAAAAUGAGAGAAAGUCUGUUGAUGAUGCCAUUAGGAGCAACAGAAAUUCAGGUGCUAAGAAUGUGAAGCUUCCGGUGACCCAACCUUCACAACCAUGCGAGGAUGCUCCUAUCAAGAGGCGUAAGCCAUGCUAUGGAUGGAUUGGCAGCGAUGCAGACGAUGAGAAUGAUCUAAUUCAUCUCCCUGUGCCGCCAUUGCCUGAAGAGCUAAUGAAGUUGCUUCAGCAGAAUGCAGCUCCCAAAAGUGGCAAACGGGGAAGGCGCAAGAGUAGGGUAUAUACAUUGUCUUGGGCACCAUAUAGGGAAUACACGUUGAGUUCUCUUCACCAUAUAGGGAAUACAUGAUGGAUUAUAACGAUGGCUGUUGGUGUGGGAAAUGGAGCUUAUUUGUGAUGCUGUUGUACUGGAUGUGAAAGGAGAUUUUCUCAGCAUAUUGGAUUAGAUUGUGUUGAUGUGAUUUUUGACA